AUGAUCAAUAUGCUCUUAACAUCGACUGAGUGCUUAGAAAUCUUAAGAAACAUGUGCAAAUCAUCCAAACUUGAGUUAUCUGAUGAUGAUCUGCGCAUUGUUGAUUACGAUUGGGAAAGGGAUAUUAGUGCGAUUGGUUAUCUGGGCGACUAUUAUGCGUUAACCUUACGCUAUUGCAUUGCUGAGUCAGAAAAUAUAUUGCAAAUCGAACUGUUCGUGAAGGGCGUGCCACAGCAAAGCGAUGAGGUCGAAAAGGAGGCGAUCUUUCGCAAAGAGGCGUGGCUGUAUGAGAACAUCCUGCCAAAAAUGCAACAAUAUUCUAAACUCAAGUGGAGCGCUGAUUGCUUUUAUUCACGCCCUGAUCUCUGUGUCUUCGAGAAUCUGAAACUUAGUGGUUAUCUCAACUCGCCAAGCACUUUGCUAGAAGAGGAGCAGCUACUUCAAGUGCUUCGAACAUUGGCCGCUUUUCAUGCUUCCAGUUUUAUUUACGAACAGCGUGAAGGUAUCAAUAUUGGCGAUGAGUUUGGUGACCGAUUGCAAGAGAUUACGGUGUCAGCUGAUAUAGCCUGGUUUACGACGGGACUGUCGGCCAUUAUAGCUGUCAUUAGAAGUCUGCCACAUUAUCAGACAAGUGAAAAUCUUGAUUUUAUCAACUCGCAAUUGGAGGAGAUUUUGCAGCGAGUUUAUCAACAGGUUUCACCCUCAACAAAGUAUAGAAAUGUGCUCUGCCAUCGUGACUUAUGGUCUGGCAACAUAUUUUUCCUUCAUCGUGAGGAUUCUGUUGUUCUGGUGGAUUUCCAAACUUCUCGCUAUACACCACCAGCAAUUGAUUUAUGUUUCAGUCUCUAUUUGAAUCUGACAUAUGAGCAGCGACUCUGUUUAGAAGGCAAAUGCAUUGAUUUCUAUUAUGAUUGGUUGAAAAAGGACUUAGAAGAGUUUGGCUUGGAGUCAGAGGAAUUUAUAACGAAAGCUGAGCUGCUGGACUCCUAUGAAGAGUUUCGUCUAUUUGCCGUUGUCUACAAUGCUGUUGCCGCAACGGUAAUCAAAGUGCCCAAAGAGUUCGUCACCAACGAUUUUAAGUACGUCGAUCGCAGUGAAAUCAUCUUGAAACAUAUGGAAGAGAAUGCUGAAUUUAAAGAGGCAAUGGAAAUGUGCUGUGGACAAGUCAUGGAAGUCGCUAUGCUUCAAUUAUAGAGCAAGAGCGUGAGCAAGAGAUAUUUUCGUCUAUUUAUUGGUCAUUUAAUAAAAGAGCUGUGCCAGCGAUAAGCAAUUCAUAAAGAUAAUAAGAUAAUAAUAUUAUUCAGCGAAUAUUGUAUGCUCUUUAUACAAUAAC